AUGCAUCUCUUUACUUCUAUGUUGUUGGGGUUUGCCCCUGUUCUCGUUGCUGCGCAAGUGAAGGGAACCGCGUAUGGCUUUGCUAAGGGCGUCACUGGUGGAGGCUCUGCCACUGCUGCGGCUCCUAAGGACAUUACAGAGCUUGCCACUUGGCUGUCCGACAGUACUGCCCGUGUCAUUCUCAUCGACAAAACCUUCGACUUCGUCGGCUCGGAGGGUACUGCGACCGAAACGGGAUGCACCAGCACAACAUGCACCUUGGCCAACGGCGGUCAGGAUUACAUCGGCAGCAACAGUUGCACCGGAAGCGGCAUGGUCUCAGCCUCGAUCUCUUACGAUAAGGCUGGAGCGACUUCUUUGGUUGUCGGCAGUAACAAGAGUAUCGUCGGGGUUGGGAGCAAGGGCGUGAUUCAAGGCAAGGGUCUGAGGCUUCCCGCUACCUCCAAGAACGUGAUCAUUCAGAAUGUGCACAUCACGAACAUCAACCCCCGCGAUGUCUGGGGCGGAGAUGCCCUCCAGCUCGAAGGCAAUGACGGCGUCUGGGUAGACCAUUGCAAGUUCAGCAAGGUUGGGCGCAUCCGCUUGACCAUCUCCAACACGGAAUUCGAUGGCACCACCACAACGUCAGCCACCUGCAACGGGAACCACUACUGGACUGCGAUGUUCAUCGCAACUGGCGACAAAGUCACUCUUGACCGUAACUACUGGCAUGCUUUGUCCGGCCGAGCCCCUAAGCUUGGCCAGAGCGGUGCUACAACCACAGUCCAGGCGACCAACAACCUGUUCUCGAACAUGCUAGGACACGCCUUUGACGCUUAUGCCGGCACUUCCGCCUUGAUCGAGGGUAACGUGUUCGAGUCAGUUACCCUGCCGAUGACAGCCGAGGCCGAGAAGGUCAGCACCAUCUUCAACGCUCCCGAUUCGGCUUCUCUGGGCCUCUGCUCCAGCAGCCUUGGCCGCAACUGCGUUGCGAAUUCUCUGUCCAGCAGUGGCAAGUUUGCCAGCAUGAAAGACACCUCUGGUCUUUCCGCCAUGGCAAGCGCCAAAGCCUACCUCGUCACUCCUAUCCAGGCCAGCAGCGUGAAGAGCACUGUUACCAACAACGCCGGCGUGGGGAAGAUCUGA